ACUAGGCGCAAUCAGGUAGCGGCCGCAAGCAAAGUUCCCUGAGAACCCCGUCCGCCAGGCUGCGGCCGGAAGCCAGACGCCGCAGCUCAGUUUCCCACGGGGGUUUUGCACCUGCAGGUGGCUUGGUGGUGGCAUUUCUCCUGGGAAGGACUUCUCCACUGGCAGCUGAGGCUGUUUUAGUCUGAUAUGGAAUUCCUGGGAAAUGAAGGAGAAGCAGCUCAAAGACUGUCUGUGCAGCCACCUGGUGGACCAUGCAGGGCCUGGGGACAUGGCCAGAAGGGCUCUCAAGCUUGCUUCGUGGACCAGCAUGGCUCUUGCUGCCUCUGGCUUCUACCUCUACAGCAAAGAGUACUUGGACCUCAACGACUUUGGUGCUGUCAGGGUGGGCAGAGCAGUUGCCACGACAGCCGUCAUCAGUUAUGACUAUCUUACCUCCCUGAGGAGGGUCCCAUAUGGCUCAAAGGAAUACUUGCAGCUUCGUUCCAAGGUGCACCUCCGCUCCGCCCGGCGCCUCUGUGAGCUCUGCUGUGCCAACCGGGGCACAUUUAUCAAGGUGGGCCAGCAUCUGGGGGCCCUGGACUACCUGCUGCCAGAGGAGUACACGAGCACGCUGAAGGUGCUGCACAGCCAGGCCCCGCAGAGCAGCAUGCAGGAGGUUCGCCAGGUCAUCCGCGAGGACCUGGGCAAGGAGAUACAUGAUUUGUUUGUGAGCUUUGACGACACCCCUCUAGGGGCUGCCUCGCUGGCCCAGGUCCACAAGGCGGUGCUGCACGAUGGGCGGACAGUGGCCGUGAAGGUUCAGCACCCGAAGGUGCAGGCUCAGAGCUCCAAGGACAUUCUUCUGAUGGAGGUGCUCGUCCUGGCUGUGAAGCAGCUGUUUCCAGAGUUUGAGUUCAUGUGGCUGGUGGACGAAGCCAAGAAGAACCUGCCUUUGGAGCUGGAUUUCCUCAAUGAGGGGAGGAAUGCUGAGAAAGUGGCCCAAAUGCUCAAGCACUUUGACUUCUUAAAGGUCCCUCGAAUCCACUGGGAGCUGUCCACCAAGCGGGUCCUUCUGAUGGAGUUUGUGGACGGCGGGCAGGUCAAUGACAGAGACUACAUGGAGAGGAACAAGAUUGACGUCAAUGAGAUCUCGCGCCACCUGGGCAAGAUGUACAGCGAGAUGAUCUUUGUCAAUGGCUUCGUGCACUGUGACCCCCACCCAGGCAACGUGCUGGUGCGGAAGCGCCCGGGCUCGGAGAAGGCAGAGAUUGUCCUGCUGGACCACGGGCUCUACCAGGUGCUCACGGAAGAGUUCCGCCUGGAUUACUGCCACCUCUGGCAGUCGCUGAUCUGGACCGACAUGAAGAGCGUGAAGAAGUACAGCCAGCGCCUGGGGGCCGGGGACCUCUACCCCUUGUUCGCCUGCAUGCUGACGGCCCGGUCGUGGAACUCGGUCAACACGGGCAUCGGCCGAACUCCAGUCACGGCCACUGAGGACUCGGAGAUUCGCAGCAACGCAGCCAACUACCUCCCCCAGAUCAGCCAGCUCCUCAACCACGUGCCACGCCAGAUGCUGCUCAUCCUCAAGACCAACGACCUGCUGCGUGGCAUCGAGGCUGCCCUGGGCACCCGCGCCAGUGCCAGCUCCUUCCUCAACAUGUCGCGUUGCUGCAUCAGGGCACUGGCUGCGCACAAGAAGAAGAACACCCGUUCAUUCUUCAAAAGGACCCAGAUCUCUUUUGGGGAGGCCUUCAGCUUAUGGCAGAUCAACCUUCAUGAACUCAUUCUGCGUGUGAAGGGGCUGAGGCUGGCCAGCUGGGUCUUGACCCUGCUCUGCCGGCUGUUGCCUGCUCCACACUGAGCGGACAUUGGCAGGACCCUGUGGUGGCCAAAGGGUCUUUUCACUCCUCACUCUUCCGGCAUAUCUCCACCCACUUGCCCUGUUUCUGCCACAUGGUGGCCUGGAGCCCUACAGUCAUUGUCCAUGGCACCGUUAUCCUCCGCUUCUGGAAUUCCUCUCCCUCGGAGCCCUUGUCAGGGCCCCCAAGCUGUGCCCUGUGAUAGGCUUCCCUCUGUAUCCAAGGAGAGGGCAUGGCAGUCUGCUUUCCUGCUGCCCGUGUGUGCCAUUGGGUCGGAUGCCUCUACUUCCAUUAACCCUUCCUGUUGUCAGAGGGUACUGUGAAUCCCACUGAGACACAUUUAACUUGUAGGAAGUUGGAUUUCGUUGGAGAGGAGUGUGGUCUCUGAACCGCUGAGAGCAGAUUCCCUCUCUGCACUGUCCCUCCCCAGAGGUGGCUUGGCACCCGAGCCAGGCUCUGCUGCAGCUGUGAGUUCUCUGCUGUCAUGGUGACCCUUUGGUGUGUCAUGUACUGUGCUCCACUUGGUCAGUGGGAUCUUUAUUCUAGCUUGGGAGUGAAUCCACUUUGGCCAUUAGGUAGGAGUGGCUCUGGAUGCCAUGUGCCAUUGUGAUCUGCAUGGCUUCUUGUCCCUGUAACCCUUUCUAUCCUCCCACUGUGUGGCUACUUCCUGCUUCUUGUGUGUUUCUCUCACGUUCUAAGACUGAAAUCUGGAUUGGAAUUGUUAAGAAGCCUGGAACUCAGAGGCUCUGCUGAAACCUCCGACUUGGGUUUGCCUGGGUUCUCACUUCAUUCCCUAUGACCUGUCACCUGCCAUGUUCUACUAAUUGCCUCCUGGAGUCAUAAUUCGAUACCUGCGGUCCUGGAGACUGUAGCCUAAACCUCAAUCACUGUGGCUGGGAUUCUGCUUUGAAACCUCCUCAUCACCUGUCUAGACUCUGCUUCUACCUUAUUUUCAGGACCUCCUCAAACUUCUGUAUCUGUGUGGUCUCUGGGCCCCUGAGACCCCAGAUGUGGCAGGUCCUAGCUGUCACUGAGUACCCAGGCUCACAGACAGUAAUUUGUAGUCGAAUAUCUCUGAUCUUACUUCACCCCCCCAUUCACAGGAGCAGGAAAAAAACUAAAUUUGAGGAGUUCCUUUCAUGGCUCAGUGGUUAAUGAACCCGGCUAGCAACCAUGAGGACACGGGUUUGAUCCCUGGCCUCGCUCAGUGGGUUAAGGAUCUGGCAUUGCCCUGAACUGUGGUGUAGGUUGCAGAUGCAGCUUGGAUCCUGUGUUGCUGUGGCUGUGGUGUAGGUCAGUGACUAUAGCUCCGACUGGACACCUAGCCUGGGAACCUCCAAAUGCCCUGAAAAGACAAAAGACAAAAAAAACAAAACAAAAAAAACCUAGAUUUGAGUGUCACUUUCUGUUCUAUUUAUUCAUACUACAGCAAGCAGAUUUUUCACUAGCCAGAGAUGAUUCGCAAUCCCUUUAUUUCCCGAAAGAAUUAAUUGUUCUUGGAGUUCCCAUCGUGGCUCAGUGGGUAACAAAUCUGACUAGGAACCAUGAGGUUUUGGGUUUGAUCCCUGGCCUUGCUCAGUGGGUUAAGGAUCCGGCAUUGCCGUGAGCUGUGGUGUAGGUUGCAGAUGCGGCUUGGAUCCCUCGUGGCUGUGGCUCUGACAUAGGCCGGCGGCUACAGCUCCGAUUGGACCCCUAGCCUGGCAACCUCCAUAUGCCGCGGGAGUGGCAAAAAGACAAAAAAAAAAAAAUUGUUCUUAGUGACCUGUUGGAUGCACCCAGGGGCCUGAGAGCAUAAUUUGCAAGAUCUGUUAAGAAUCAUGAGGCUGCACGCUGCGUAUUAUAUUUUAUGGCACCUUUUAUAGCCACUGAAGUAAAUACAAAUGUCCUUUUUGUUCAAGGUAAUGGUUACUUGCUUUUCACUUCUGGUUUAAUGGUUGGCUUCCUGCCUCCCUGCGAUCUAAAACAUCCACAUGUUGCCAGAUCAGUUAUCCAGAGAGAGCUGAGAGGCUGGGAGAGUUUGGGGUACAGGGCAGUUUGCAGCAGGAGGGGAGAGGUCGAUGUUCACGGAGUGCCUUCCGUGUGGGAGAGAGCCUGCUAGGCUCUUUGUAAACGCGUUCCAUCCCUGAGUUGUUCCAGCAGCUCUGUGAGGGGAGGAGCAUUAGCCUCAUCUUACAGAGACAGGAACUGAGGCUCAGAGAGGUUUAGUCAUUUGCUUGAAGUCACACCGCUGCUGAGUGGUGGUCCAUGCUUUGCUUGUUAUCCCUCAGUGCUGUGUGGGUUAUACUUGCUCUUUGGGUUGUCAUAUGUGCCCGAAUUGUGACUCUAACACCCUAACUUCAGAGGAGCUUGCAAUUGCAGUGGAGGCGGGGGAGUGGAUGGGUAAAGGAGACAGAAAGUCCUGGAAAAUUCAGACUGAAUCCGGCGUGUUCCUCGGGUCUAAGACAGGAUGGACCUGGAGCUCUCGGAUACUGCGGUGCAGUUCUGGUGCUGACCACCUGCGGUGGGUGCAGACUUCUUAGACUUGAGGGCGCAGUGUCCCGUAAGACUGCCCUCACUUCAGACACAAGCUAUGCAUUUGGGAGUCCCCAGGCCGUCUGUGCUUUUGACUGACUCCCCGUUUGGGGGUUCCCACUAUCCCCUCAGAUUUGAGGAUUGCUUAAAUGACUCAUUGAACUCAAGAAAACAUUACACUUGUGACCAGACAAGUGAAGAGACACGUAGGAUGAGAUCUAGGAGGGUCCCGCAUACAGAGCCUCUGAGUACUUGCUGUGGAAGGAACCUCUUGACUUCAGUGUGUGUCCAGAGUUUUUAUCAGGAUUUCAUGAUAUAAGCACAGUUUCUUGAAUCAUUGACCAUAUGAUUGAAUGCUCUCUCCAGCGCCCCCUUAGCUCCCUGCAGAACGUGGGGCUGCUCUUGUCCCAUCCUGAGUCAUUUGGCAUAAACUCAGGUGUGGUCCAGGGACCCACCAUGAGGAACAGAGAUCCUCCCAUCACUAAGGACGUCCACGGAGCGAAAGGUCAUCUCCCAGGAGAUGAGCAGGCACAAAGACCAGACAGAGUCUUCAUUAUCUAACAGUCACCCCAGUGUCUUGUGUAUUGGCCUGGGAUGUAUCCUUAUCCCCUGACUGCUGGCCUGUGCCUUCUGCUCUGUCGAGUGGUGCUGUCUCUGGAGCAGGAGCCAUAGGAAGCUCUCACAGUCUCCGUUCUGCUGUUCAGAGAACCGUCACCUGAGAUUCUGUGUGGGACCUUGGCCCGGCUCCCUUCUUCGUCCUGUGGAACUUGAUGUCCUGUGACUUCGUCUCCCAGUGGUAACACGGUGUCGGAAAGCCGGCCCCAGGUUACUUUGAAGAGUGCUAGGUGUUUUAACCCUUGGAUCCUUAAUCAGUUUUGGUGUGUUUGGGGCAACCUGGCUAUAAUUCCCUUUCCCUCUUCUUGUCCCCCUGAGGAGAAUUCCAACUUAUGGCCCAGCUGGCCCCUCAGAUCUGUGCCCAGCUCAUAGGAAGUGCAGAUGUCCCAGUUUGUAGUAAGUGCUCAAUAAACCCGCACAUAUUUAGACUCUCAGAAUAUCUGGCCAUUUUCAGGGAUCUUGAAACCUGUGCAUUUAAAAAGAAGCUGUGCUUGCCACUCUCCCUCUGCUAGGAAUGCUGCCUGGUUUGAUUGUCAGCUUAAUUUUCGCAGCCUUCUGAGCCCACUCCUGGGAUCAGGGGUGGUCACCCUCAGCACGACGGGCUGCCGGGGCCCUCCAGUCACAGCUGUAGGGCUCCAAGAAUGCACACUUGUCGUGACAUCUCAGAAAAUGAACGUGGCUCCAAGAGGCACCCCAGCAAAUCCUCAGGGGCAGCACUUGGGAGGUUUAGAAUUACCAGCAGUGUAAGUAAAUGCGAGAAGGGUGGGUGGGGCCUUGCAGGGUGACACUUGGGGCUACAGUGUCUCAGGGCAUGGCUCUGCAGAGCUAGGGGCUGAGCUGGGACCUGGUGACUGGGCAAAAUCUGAACAGGCAGGAUGAGCAAAGCCAUAAAGCGUGGCCUGUUCCUGGCAGCCCGGCCUGCUGGGGUGACGGUUGUCAGGCUGAAUUGGGGGCCCGACAUGUAACAUGGGGCCAUAAAUGCCAGGUGAUCUGGUGCCACUGCUAUUGGUACCUGGCCAUAAGCCUUUAAGUCUGCAAGUAUUUUUUUUUAAUUUUUAUUAUAGUUGAUUUACUAUGUAGUCUGCAAGUAUUUUGAUAAAAACCCAUUUGUUUAGAGAGGCUCUGCUUUCACCUCCUUUCCUCCUUCCCUCCAUCCUUCCUUUCUUCCUUCUUUUUUUCCUUCCUUCCUUCUUCCUCUCUCCCCCUCCCUCCCUCUUUCCUUCCUAUAAAGUAAAGCUUGUUACGAAGCCGCGCUCUCCGUUUCUAAAGGAACGAUGAGGUCAGCCCUCAGCCGAGUAAAUAGUAAACCUUGGGCCGGGAUGUCCGCUUUCCUGUGGCCACCGCCUUCUGGCCUGGUUCACGUGGCUUCUUUGGAGGCUGCCUCAGCCCCCAUCAUCAGCUAGCUCCCUUCCCAGCCAGGUCAGCGUGCUCCUGGCCAGCACUGCCAGGGACAGGAGACACUCUGUGCAGUUCUGCCUUUGGUUAAUAGUAGCGUAGUUCCUCUGAUGUUUCGUCUGGUUUUCUCUUUUUGGAGUGUAAAGGGAGGGCCAGGCUGGCUAAGUGGUAAAGUGAUGGGUUUCAAGCCCCACUCUCUCUCAAUAUUUCAGCUCCCUUCUCCCUGAUCAGUGCUUUUCAAACCUCCAGAUAUAACUGAACAACCCAGGCUCCUGUGAAAACACAGAUUCUGCCUCAGUGAGUCUGCAUGGGGCCCAAGAUUCUGCAUUUUUAACCAGCUCCCAGAGCAUGUUGAUGCUGCUCGUCUGAGGACCAUGCCUUGAGCCACAAGGUUCUGAUCAGUGGUUCUGAAGGUGUGGUUCCAGAACCGGCAGAAGCAUCAACUGGGAGCUUGUUAGAAAUGCACAUCUCAGACCCCACUGCAGAUCUGCUGAGGCAGAAACUCUGGGGCGGCCAGCAGUCUGUUUUAAUAAGCACUCUAGGGAACUCUGAUGUACAUGCUCACGGUGGAAAUCUCUGGUCUGUGGUUCUCAACUCUACCUGCAUGUCCAGGUCACCGGGAGAGCUCUGAAUACCCAAGAUUCUGACUUAAUUGGUUUGAAUGAGGGCCAGGCAUUUAAAACAAUUCUUUUUUUAAGCUUUUGAUUUUGAAGUAACUAUUUUAUUUUUUUAGGACCGCACCCACAGCUUGUGGAGGUUCCCAGGCUAGGGGUCUAAUUGGAGCUGCAGUUGCCAGCCUACACCACAGCUACAGCCACGCCAGAUCUAAGCCACCUCUGCGACCUACACCACAGCUCACGGCAACACUGGAUCCUUAACCCACGAAGCAAGGCCAGGGAUCGAACCUAGUGGGAUUUGUGAACCACUGAGCCACGACAGGAACUCCUGUAACCAUCUAAUAAGGAGUAGGUUCUGCCUUGUAAUGGUUUAUGUGCAUAAUGAUCAGAUGGCAGAAGAUGUCCAGAGUCAGCUCUGAUCCUUUUCCUACAUUUGUCCUGGGCCAUAUUCUCCUAAUGGGGGCCAGUGUCGCCCACACCGGGCCAGGCCCAUCAUUCUGAUUCUGCUAUCACUAGAUGGCUUUGCAGGUUGCUUUGGUUUCUGGGCCUCUGCUGUGAAAUGGGGUGGCUGUCCAUAGGGUGCCCUUCUUGGAGGGCUGGGAUGAGUGUGAAUAGUGCCAGUGAAAGUGACAGGGAAAAGCAACACUAAGAAACUAACAGAUACAAAGCAUGCAAGGGAAAAGUUUAUCCAGCAUCGCUUGCAGCUUUAGCAGAACUCCCUUCUGUGGUGACACUCACUGCUGCAAGCAUGCUGAUCCAGUGUCUACCGCAAGCCAUGGGGUAGACAGAUCUCUCUGGCUACAGACAUUGGUUCCAACAUAGGCUCAUGGCCUCAAGGGCAUUCCUGUGACUUUCAGUUAAGAUUAUGGAGAAUGACUAUCUUUCUAUUGGUUGCUAAGCUCCAGUGACUAUCUUGACUGCCUCUCUUUUGAACUCCUAGAUCCAGCCAUUCCUGCAGGCUAGAUCCACCCUUGGCUUCUCGAGUACAUGAGCCAAUAAAUCUGUAAGACUUUUGCAUUCUCAGUUGGGUAUCUGAGUUUUAACCCAAAGUGCCCUUAUCACUGCAGCUGUUAUGUUUAAGGGCCCUGAACCCGUGUUUGGAGGAUGUGGAAAUCCAGGAGGAAGUCUGGAGGGGAAUAAUAUAGACAUCUGCAGGGAUAGAAAUAGAUGAUUCUAGACUGGACACUCUCCAGAGAGCUGAGCAGGAGCAAACAAGAGUUCAAUUACAGUAAGUUCCUACUGUUUUGCUGUUGCUGAGGCAAUGAGUAAGGGCUGCUGAUUGGUUACUUUAUAUGUUGUCUUCUGGUCAGAACCAACACAAAGGCCAUGCCAUUCUGGCUGGUUGCCCUUUGUAUGGAUACAUACGCUUUCUAUAAUAGUCAUGCCUGUUUCCUAACGAUCCAUGGGGAUUUUAGAAACUGGCUAUUUGGCUGCAAUAGGCUUAACUUCUCUUAUCGAUUCUGCCAGUUGCUGUCAACGUAGGUUACCCCCAGAGAGCUGGCAGGAGCUCUUUCUUUAAUCACAGUAUUAGUUGGAAAGAGACAUCCCUGGGAGCAUUUAAGGCAAAGACAGUCUCACGCAGGUGUUCCUUGUUCUCCUGAGAGCUGGGCUGGCCAGUUCGCAGAGCCCAUGUUUAAUCAGGGUGAGUUGGCAACUUGACUGUGGUUGAGGAAGCUGCUUUCUCUUCUGCUUUUCCUAUUUCACGCAUCUGGUUGAGUGAGAUGAGAGCCCAUGUGAGGUUUGUUACCUCUCUCUCCUGCCUGGGUUGUGAGAUUUCUAAACAGGCUGAUACUGACAUCUUAUAGACACCAAGCUCAGCCCAUCUCCACGGUGUGGCUCUUGGGGUUCACUCACUCUGCUUUGCCUUAUAUCCACGCCCUCUGCUUUCUACAUUCUUGGCAGCUCCCAAGGCCUGCCUUCUGCAGGGAGCCUCCCAAGACCACUGCUCUUGUUGAUCCGCCUCCUUCUCCCCCCAGGUGUCUUGAUUCUUCAUGUCCACCGUCCACACUCAGUUGUCUGCCUGCCCCAUGCAGUCAUGGGAGGGCAAGGACCACUUUUUUGUCUCUUGUAUGCUCUUUGAUGUCAGGACAGGGGAGGCCCCACUAGGCCUUUCGUUGGCCAUCAUGUGGCCGCUUACACACGCCUCAAUUCCUGCGAGUAGCACGCAUUCCUUCAGUGCCCUUAGAUUGGAAAGGGCAGUGGAGAGAGAAGAUGAAUUAGACAUGAUGCCUGCCUUUAAAAAACUGGGGUAUCUUUGAAAAGAGCAGCUUGCUUUGGAGAGGUUCCUGCUGGUGGAGGCAGGGGUGGGCUAGGAGUCCAUGGUCCGGGAGGAGAGAAGGGGAUUUAAACAACUCUGGGGGAACAAUAAUGCCAGCCAGCAGCUCCCCCUGGCAGCAGGAUUUGAUGAAACUAUCUCUGUAUUUCUCUUUGGGGCCAGUAUCUACCCAAAUUUCAUUUUGACCCAGGGGCCUGCAUUCAAUGUCUUAGUGGAUGGUGCCACCAGCAGUCACCCAUGUCCAAAAGCCAAUAGUCAGUCUUAACCUGUUCUUGACUUUCAUAGCAUUACCCCACAAACUGUACCAUCUUGUAUGUCUGUAUCCACUAAGUCUCCUUUGCCUCUCUACCACCAACAUCCUGGUUAAGAUCUGGUCCCCUCGUUGGUCUCCUUGCCUCCCAUCAUGUCCCACCAAACUGACUCUCAUUUGGUUCACAUAAAGCCAACGUGCUUACAGUUACAUGGCCAAAAACCUCUUUGCCCAAGGAUCAAUUCACCCAAAGACCAGUUUACCUCAAAUUAAGUAUUCUUAAAAGUUCUCAGAUCUGUUUAACCUUCCUAUUAUUUCUUGCCUUGUUCUUCAUUUUAAAGAUUUCAAAAAAAAUAAUUCAUGCAAGGGUAUUUGACUUAACUUUGUAUUUCUAAUAAGGAUGUAUUAAACAGGCAGCUUUUUAAAA